AUGGCCGCUGAACUGCAGCACUUUGAAGCCUUUCCCGAUGACCUGAUCAUCAGCGUGUACCCCAAGUCCAAUUGUCUGCCCCUGCAGGUGAUCUACGUCACCAGAAACGCAAAGGAUGUGGCCGUCUCCUAUUAUAACUUCUACAACAUGGCCAAGGUGCACCCUGAGCCUGGCACCUGGGACAGCUUCCUGAAGAACUUCAUGGAAGGGAAAGUGUCCUAUGGGUCGUGGUUCCAGCACGUGAAGGAGUGGUGGGAACUGACACACACUCACCCUGUUCUCUAUCUCUUCUAUGAAGACAUGAAGGAGAACCCCAAAAGGGAGAUCAAGAAGAUCCUAGAGUUUUUGGGACGCUCUCUGCCUGAGGAGAUUGUGGAUAUCAUUGUUCAGCAUACAUCCUUCAAGAAGAUGAAGGAGAACCCUUUGGCUAACUGCACCACCCUCCCCUCUCACCACAUGGACCACUCUAUUUCCCCUUCACGAGGAAAGGCAUUGCUCGGGACUGAAAAAACACCUUCACUGUGGCUCAGAAUGAGUGUUUUGAUGUCCACUAUGCUGAGAAGAUGGCAGGCUGUGACCUCAUCUUUUGCUGGCGAGUCUGAAUGACAAUAUGACUAAUCA